UGCACGAGCGGGUGGAAGGGGCGAUACAAGCAGCAAUCGACUGGGGGAUCAAUGGCCAUGGCGGAUGAAUGCGCCGGCGAGGGCGUCCCGGUUGGCCCCUGCCUGCCAUCUUCGUGGAACUACGGGGCUGUAGAGAAAGCACUGCGAGAAUCUGCAAACAAAGGAGGCAAGUGCAUCUUUCUGCCAACGGAGGGCCAAGUUUUCCAGACGCUGGAAGAAGCAUACGAGUUCUUCAAUAUGUAUUCCUGGGAAGUUGGAUUUGGAAUUCGCUAUGGCCGUAGCAGGAUGAAUGCGGCGAAGAAAAAGUCCAGGCAAGACCUUGUUUGUUCCUGCGAGGGUAGGGACAACGGAGAUAUGAGCCGAUCUGCUAGGUGUGACUGCCCCUGCAUACUGUCGAUGCUGCGAGCAGACGAUGAAUCUUGGUAUGUUAAACGUUUCUGCGAACAACACAACCACCCUAUGUCAGUUUCUUGUGGGGAGAAACGGCGCUGGACAUCGCACAGUAGGAUAGACGGCAGCACACGGGAACUUAUUCGUCAUCUGCGUGGUAACAAUGUCCAGCUAUCUAGGGUUUGUUCAAUUGUAGGGUUAGUUCACCACAACGAUGCGUAUGUUCCAUUUAGCCGGCAGUCCGUCCGUACGCUAUGUGCGAAGUUAGCACAGGAAUCCAUAGAAGGUGACAUUGCAAAAACACUAGAAGUAUUUGCUAGGAUAAAACAGAGGGACCCAGGGUUUAUUGUUGCUAUGGAUCUAGAUGACAAGAACCGAGUUAGGUCUAUGUUAUUCUCACACGGUUCUAGCAUAAUGGACUAUGCAUCUUUUGGAGAUGUUGUCACGUUUGAUACAACAUAUAGAACGAACCUCUACAAUCUCCCUUUUGGGUUGUUCGUCGGUGUCAACCACCACUUCCAGAGUAUAAUUUUUGGUGGUGUACUACUGACUGAAGAAACAACAGAGGCGUUCAAAUGGACCUUCCGCAACUUUGUUGUGGCUAUGGGUGGGCGAGCACCGCAGACUAUGUUGACAGACCAGUGCCAUCAGAUGAGGGUGGCUAUUGACUCUGAGCUGCCAGAAACCCGGCAUAGGUGGUGCAAAUGGCACGUCCUUCGGAGAGCUAAAGAGUCACUGGGUGCUGUAUACAGCAAGAACUCUGUUUUCAAGAGAGAACUUCACGAACUGCUUGAUCAAAUUGUUGACUCCGAAGAAUUUGAGACUAGGUGGGCAGAGAUCGUGACCGGCAAUGGUUUGGGUGAGAAUGAGUUCUUGGCCAGGGCAUAUGAAAAUAGAGAGAUGUGGGCGAAGCCUUUUUUUACGGAUACAUUUUGCGCCGGGAUGACUAGCACACAACGGAGCGAGAGCGCCAACCAUGUUCUGAAGACUUACAUACCUCGAUCGGCCCCGAUGCAUUUGUUUGUUACGCAAUAUGAUCGGUUAAUUACAGACCGCGUGGCAGACGUGGGUCGAGAAGAGCACGCUACUAAACAGGUGAACUUCCUCCUUAGAACCGGGGUGCCAAUUGAGAAACAUGCCACACUCGUGUACACCCGAGCAAUGUUUGAGCGUUUUUUUAGGGAGCUUUUCCUUUCUGGUGCUUUCCUGUGCCGGGAGAGUGAAGAAGCUAACAAGUUUGUGGUUACAUAUGUCUGCUCCACAAGCUCCACUGGAUUUGGCAGGAGGGAGUUCAUUGUUAAGUGUAAUGAAGGAAGAACCAAUUACUGGUGUACUUGCAAAUCGUUUGAGCACUGUGGCAUGCCGUGCAGGCAUGUACUGAAGGUGCUGGUGCACACUGGUACAACUGAGCUUCCUGCUGGACUGGUCACUAAGCGGUGGAGCACCGCUGCUAGGGACGGUGCGGUGUGCACUAUUGUUGGUUACGGCGACGCUGCAGCCCUAGGAGCUGAUGCCGCUUCCAUGCACGGGAUGUUGCAUGCUGCGGCAAUGGAGCUCAUUGGCAUGGGCACUACUUCUAGGCAGGCAUUUGAGUUGUCUAUCGAUUACAUCAGCCAUGCAAAAGCGGCCUUGUUGGCUAUUACUGUCAAGAACCCAGUCCAGAGUCAUUUGGAUGCUCAGAGUGCACCUGCAGAGGGCGCGGAAAAGUUAAAAUUCGACCCGGCCAUAGCAGCACCACCCCGAGUUCGUUCCCGGGGCAGGCCUAAAGAGUUGAGAAAGCAGUUCAUCCUUUUGGUUAGCAGCGUCCCACCUCCUUCCUCUGAAGGGUCUGAAAACAGCACAUCCGUGCUCAGGUUAUUGGUAGUUCCUAUCUUUGGCCUAGAUGUCAAGCAUGUCUGGCACUGCAUCCGGGAGCAGUACAGCAUAUCUGGGAUUUUCAAAAUUUUCCUGCUACUGCGGGGAGUCGGCGGAUCUGUGGAGAUCUGGGACGACGGAGAAUCCGGGGAGGCUAUUCUUGAAGUGCGGCAUGGAAAAGGUAUUAGAUGCAAGUUCUGGUUCUGGGAAGAUGAGGUGAGCGCACGAUCAACCAGAGGCUCCAAUGGUCGUAGGGAGCUUGAUUCCCCUAACCAAGACGGCCAUGUCUACUCAUCGAAAGUUGUUCAGGGAAUCAAGGAUUUGCAGACGGAGCUGCUGCUUGUUCGCUUUGCUGUAAUAGCCCUUGCUCUUGCCGUCGUCUGGCUGGGGAGUAGGGUUUGA